CUUGGAGAGGAUUGUGAUGAACUGGAGUGCAGAACAGAACCCCUCAAUCACACAGGCGUAAAUAAGACCGGAGGGAGUCUCAAAGCCCAGCAAGAGGAAGGGGGGGAAAAAGUGUGUGCGGGAGGAGUGGGAGAAAAGCAUUUUUGGUGGAUGGUAUGAAACCAGCCAUGGAAACUGCAGCGGAGGAAAAUACUGAACAAAGCCAAGAGAGAAAAGUGAACAGCAGAGCUGAAAUGGAAAUUGGCAGGUACCACUGGAUGUACCCAGGCUCAAAGAAACACCAGUACCAUCCUGUGCCAACCCUGGGGGACAGGGCUAGCCCCUUGAGCAGUCCAGGUUGCUUUGAAUGCUGCAUCAAGUGUCUGGGAGGAGUCCCUUAUGCCUCUCUGGUGGCAACCAUCCUCUGCUUCUCUGGGGUCGCCUUGUUCUGUGGCUGUGGGCAUGUGGCUCUUGCAGGCACCGUGGCAAUUCUUGAACAACACUUCUCUACCAAUGCCAGUGACCACGCCCUGCUGAGUGAAGUGAUCCAGCUGAUGCAGUAUGUCAUUUAUGGAAUUGCAUCCUUCUUCUUCCUGUAUGGGAUCAUCCUGCUGGCUGAGGGCUUCUACACCACGAGUGCAGUGAAGGAACUGCAUGGCGAAUUCAAAACUACUGCCUGUGGCCGCUGCAUCAGUGGCAUGUUCGUCUUCCUCACCUACGUGCUGGGUGUGGCCUGGCUGGGCGUGUUCGGAUUCUCUGCUGUGCCCGUGUUCAUGUUCUACAACAUCUGGUCCACUUGUGAAGUUAUCAAGUCUCCCCAGACCAACGGGACGGCGGGUGUGGAGCAGAUCUGUGUGGAUAUCCGGCAAUAUGGUAUCAUCCCUUGGAAUGCUUUCCCAGGAAGAAUAUGUGGUUCUGCCCUUGAGAACAUCUGCAACACCAAUGAGUUCUACAUGUCCUAUCACCUGUUCAUCGUGGCCUGUGCAGGUGCUGGUGCCACAGUCAUUGCCCUGAUCCACUUCCUCAUGAUACUGUCUUCUAACUGGGCUUACUUAAAGGACGCGAGCAAAAUGCAGGCUUACCAGGAUAUCAAAGCAAAGGAGGAACAGGAACUGCAAGAUAUCCAGUCUCGGUCUAAAGAACAACUCAAUUCUUACACAUAACAUGGUGGCCAGAGUGUUUCCGCCGACGAAUUGAAAGCUCUGACAAAUCACCACAUAGCUGCUCUGCAGUACCGAAGUGUAUCCCACCAAACUAACUAACGUUCAAGUCCAAACUCUUCACUGUCUGUCUCAUGCUGCUGGGAUGUAUUUCUUGGGAAAUCUUCCAGUGGGUCAAUCUUUUUUUUAAUUUUUUUCUUUAGAAACAGGUAUUGGAGGUUUCCAUGGAAGCCAUUUUAAAAGGCAACACUUUGACAAAAAAAAAAGAUUGCUCAUCCGUUUGAAAUUUUGGGCAUCCUCAAGUAGAUUGCUAGAGCAAUCGAUCUCCUCCAUGACAGACAGUGGGAAUAUGACAUAACUUGCUAGGGACCCAUCACAUGCCAGCAUAAAAGGAUGUGAACAUAAAUCCCCACAUACUACCUGUACUUAGAUGUAUCUACAUAGGGGAUUAAAGAGCAUUUGGGUGUGUGAUUACUUUCACUUUCAACAGCUGAUGUUUAUCAACUUGGGCUCAUCAAAGAGAAUAUGAUCCUUAUAAUCCACUUUCAUGAGCUGACUCCCCAGAAGUCUAGGGCUCAUUGCUUUCUCAAUAAUGCUAAUUAAAGUUACUCUAAUUCUCCUCCUCCAACCAUGGAAACUGGAUUCUCACUCAUUGACAAGCUUUCUUGGAUCAAUUUUAUAACAAAUUUCAUUUUUAAAUACUGGCCCUGUCUUCAUUUCUCUGGGGGAAAAUGUCAGCUCUGCCUUAAUGAAUACUUGCUUUAAAUUUCUACUUAAUUAUACAAUAAGAGCUCCCAAAUCCUUCAUGCAACUUUAUUCCACAACUGUUUUUUCUUAAGAAGUGUUACCUUAUUAAAAUGACCACCAUUCUAAACCGAUUUUAUGUGGUUCGAAUAGUGAGUUUACAGUUUCUUACCAACAAUCGCAAACCUAAUUACAGAGAGACCACAGACCUCCUUCUUUUAUAGACUUGAAUACUUAAAUUAGGGUUGAUAUUUAUUUCAUUUUUUCUUCUCUAGACCUCCAUUUCCUGGAAUAAUAAAGCUCAAUGUUCAGGAAAAAAAAUAAAAAACAAAAACUACAAAAAAAAUAACACUGCUUGAGUUUAAGCCAUUUUCAAAAGAAAUUUGCCUUCGAAAUCAUUGUGUUUCCAAACAUUGACUAUAGGUAUUGGGUAUUAGUGAUGGUAACCUUUGUGUUGUUCUUUCUGAAAUGAUACAUAUAACUGUUGGGUGCAUCAGUGCUUUUUAAGGGGGCUGCAUAAUAUAGGAUUAACUAUGUAUAUUCACGUUAAGAAUUAACUUGUGGUUUUGGCUGUUUCCUGGAUUUUAAAACAUAUACACGUGCAGAAAUGUCUUCAAAUGAAAGGAUGCGUACCUUUAUAUCAAGAUGCUAUUCAAAUGGAACAUCAAGUAUACUAUUUCCUUUGGGCUCUUUUCAUUGUUGUUGUUAAUGCCUAAAACUGCUUUUUUGGAUCUUGACUAUUUUAAUUGGGAGAAGCUCUCCUGUGUAGAACAGUUGUUCCAGACUAGCUUGGUGCUUUGUUUUCCCGUUGCAUGACACUUACCUAUUUUUUCCCAGCAGUUGGGGUGCUGUUAGAGUCAAGUGUUCUAGAAGUGGCAGCAUCUAAAGCCUAAUUUUAAUUUUCUAAUUCUGGUAGCUCUUACCAAGAAUUUCUCAAAGUCUUGUUUAAGUAGUCUAAUAUUUUUAUGUAAAGAGCAUUAAAUUUUGCUAUGUAUAAAUUUUUGUAACCUAACAGUGAAUCAAUAUUUUCUAUCAGUGCCAAGGGCUUCUGUAGUUCUAUUCAAGUGUUACAAUAAAUAUUUGUAGAUAAUAGUCAAUACUUGUGUAUGCUUAUUUUAAAGAUAUAUUUAGGUGGAAAUAGCUGUGGAUGUACUAAAAACAAUGAAAUAAAAUUAUAGCUUCAUUCA